UCUUCCCCAAUCACACAGACAAAAAGCCAAACACCCUUCCUUCAAUCCUCUGUUUCUGAAAAACUCAAUUAUUUCAUAAUCCUCUGUUUUGAAAAACUCAAUAAAAAUGACUUCUCAGAUGAUUGAGACUCACAGGGAAAACGCAGAGGUAUACACUGGAGAUGAAAUCUGCAAGGCAAAGUCUCUUCAACUACUAGGUGAGAUUUCACUACCAAAGGGUUUAUUACCAUUAGAUGAUUUAACAGAGGUUGGUUACAAUAGAAGCUCUGGGUUUGUUUGGUUAAGACAGAAGAAGCAGAAAACUCAUUACUUUAAGAGUAUUGGAAAAUCUGUUUCAUAUGGUGCUGAAGUAACAGCAUUUGUUGAGAACUACAAGAUGAAGAAAUUGACUGGUGUCAAGAGUAAAGAGAUUUUGAUCUGGGUGAGUCUUUCUGAGAUCUCUAUUGAUGAUCCUAGUAGUGGGAAGAUCACUUUUAAAACUCCUUCUGGACUUGGUAGAUCUUUUCCUGUGUCCGCUUUUGAGAUUGAAGAAGAAGAGAAGAAGGUUGAAGAAGAGAAGAAGAUCGAAGAAGUCAAAGCAUGAUAAAUUCAAGAAAGAAAUUGAUCACUGGGUCUGUAUUAUUAGUGUUUUCAGAUUAAUUAAGCUUCUGUUUUAUUUUAAUUUGAAGUUCUUGAUUAUUUCUUAAUGUAAGCGUUAUUAUAAUGGAAAAGAAAAUUCAAUAAUUCCGUGUCA